UGCUCUGAGCUUUAUUUCAAUAUUUACAAUUUUAUGUUAUAAUUUGCCUUAUUUCAAAAACCAUGGACUUAUUAGAAACUGAUGAGCUACUUAAAAUAGUUAAUCAAUCAACGGAAUAUCAAAUUAGUAAAAAACUAAUUCGUGAAGUGCCUUAUUUUGGUAAGUUGUUGAGCCAUGAAUGUUUGGAAUCAAAGGAAAGUAAAGUUGAACUGGAUUUUGAUGAACAAGCAGUCAAAUUAUUUUUGAAUUGGAUUGAAUUCGAUCAUGUUUUGAUCGAAAUGAAAAAUGUAAUAAACCUGUGCACCAUGAUUGAUUACUUUGGAAUGGACAAUAAUUUGAUUAACGAUUACACUACUUAUUUUCAUGAUAAUUUUUCCACCACACACCUUCCAGCUGUGAUUCCACAAGUGACUCCAACAUCUAAAUUAAUUAACUCUGGGGCUCUCGAUGCUUUCAUCUGUCGCCAUUUCUUGAAGAUAGCAGGCACAAAGGUUUGGUUAAACUAUUCUGUUGAGACCAUUGAAUAUAUUUGCAAUAAGGAUUUAGUGAUUCAUUCAGAAAUGCAAGUCUUCAAUGCUAUCAUGAAAUGGGGCAAUUUCAAGCCUUAUUCCAGAAAGGAACACCUUGAAACAUUGUUAAAAUUAGUUCGAUGGUGUCAUUUAGAUGAUAAAGAUUUGGAUGAAAUAAAGGAAAAUGAUUUCAUCAAAUCAGCAAACGUUGAACCGAUAUUUUGCACGCCUAUCCAAUGCGAUGGUGAAUGCUCCUUCAACAGAAUCAAUCAAUACUAUUUCGUCCUGAUUGAGGAAUUGGAUGGUACAGAUUUGCAAAUCAAAGUGCUGGACAGAAGUUUCAUGUCUUUUAUCAAACGAGUUAUACAACUAGAUGAAUCAUUGCCUUUGCAUCUUCUUCACAAUGAAACUGUUUCUGAUAUAAUUUUUGAUUCUGGAAGGAAGAUGAUUCGUGUUGAUUGGAAUCAGAACAAGUAUCGUUUGCUUGAUUUAAAUGAUUAUAAAUCUCAUUAUCAUAAAAUCAACAAAGGUAUUCUUGAAAAGACCGAGGAAAAAAGCUAUUCUUUGGAUACUUACUGUACAUUUGCUGAUAAAUAUACUUUCGAAGGCUCACUUCUCGAAUUCAAUGAAAAGUUUAUUUUGGUUGCGGAAAAUUUAAUCUCCCGUGAACCUGCUCUUGGAGAGUUUUCUAAUUGUUAUUCAAUAAACUUGUUCUGUUGGACAGCACCGGCUGAUAGCCGAAUUGAGACAUUCUUCCGUAGUUCUGACAUGAAUUAUCUGACAACUAUUUUGAAUAAUAAAAUUUAUAUCAUGAAAGAUAGGUGUGAAUUGAUCCAGUUCAAUAUUGAAAGCCAAGAGAUGAAGAAAUUUAGACGUAAAGGUACAUCAGACUUAAGUGAUUUAAUUUUAACUUCCAUGCCAGUUCAUGAUGAUAAAGUUAUUUUGAUCGACAAAUCCACAAAAGUUGUUGAAUGUUUCAAUGUCAACGAUGAAGAAUGGACUCCAUUUGGUCUUAUGUCUAAUAUUUGUACUUCUACUGGUGAUCAAAGGAAGUCCAAUAAGCUGUUGACUUUCACCUCAGCCUCAUUGCCGAUAAACACUAUUAGAUCUUGCAUUAAACGUGAACGAAAAUCUAUGGAAUGAUGAUUAUUUUACUAAUACUAUUGAAA